ACACAGACACACACUCACUCACACCGCAGAGGAAAGCGGGUGUUUGAACAUGGCGUCCGGCGCGGAGAGUGAAAGUUUGGAAAAUAAACGCAAGUUAAAGGCAGAUGAAGGCGAGGAAGAGGAGGGAGAGGAGGAAGAGGGAGAUGUGUGGGUCGGUCCGCUGCCUACUGAAGCUGCUCCUGCUAAGAAGAGAAAAGUACUGGAGUAUGAGAGAGUGUAUCUGGAUAAUCUGCCGUCUGCUGCUAUGUACGAGCGGAGCUACAUGCACCGUGACGUCAUCACCUACAUCAUCUGCACCAAAACGGAUUUCCUCAUCACGGCGAGUCAGGACGGUCAUGUGAAGUUCUGGAAGAAGAAAGAAGACGAAGGAAUCGAGUUUGUGAAACACUUCCGCAGCCACCUGGGUGUGAUCGAGUGUAUUUCAGUCAGUGCUGAGGGCGCGCUCCUCUGCACCGUCGGAGAUGAUCAGGCCAUGAAAGUGUUCGACGUCGUGAACUUCGACAUGAUCAACAUGCUGAAGCUGGAGUUCCACCCGGGUCAGUGUGAGUGGAUCUAUAACCCCGGGGACGCCAUCAACACGGUGGCCUGCUCCGAGAAAUCCACGGGGAAGAUUCACGUGUACGACGGCCGAGGCAGCAACCAGCCGCUGCACACGUUUGAUAAGAUGCACUCGUCUCCUCUGUGUCAGAUCCGGCUGAACCCGCGCUACCGCGUCAUCGUGUCGGCCGACAGAGCCGGGAUGCUGGAGUACUGGACCGGCCUUCCGAGCGAGUUUAAAUUCCCCCGGCAGGUGCAGUGGGAGUACAAAACCGACACCGACCUGUACGAGUUCGCCAAGUGUAAAACGUUUCCCACCAGCCUGGCCUUUUCACACGACGGAAAGAAGAUGGCCACCAUCGGCGCCGACCGCAAAGUCCGGAUCUUCCGCUUCCUGACGGGGAAACUCAUGAGGGUGUUCGACGAAUCGCUAACCAUGUUCACAGAGCUGCAGCAGAUGAGACAGCAGCUGCCGGACAUGGAGUUUGGCCGCAGGAUGGCGGUGGAGAGAGAGCUGGAGAAGGUGGACGGCAUUCGACUGACCAACAUCAUCUUCGACGAGACGGGACACUUUGUGCUGUACGGAACCAUGCUGGGCAUCAAGGUCAUCAACGUGGAGACCAACCGGUGUGUGAGGAUUCUAGGGAAACAGGAGAACAUCCGUGUGGUGCAGCUCAGCCUCUUCCAGGGCGUGGCGAAGACCUUGAAGGCGGCGCCCACCAUCGAGAUGAAGGCGUCGGAUAACCCCGCCCUCCAGAGCACAGACCCCGACCCCACCAUCUUCUGCACCGCCUUCAAGAAGAACCGCUUCUACAUGUUCACAAAGCGCGAGCCAGAGGACACCAAGAGCGCCGACUCGGACAGAGACGUCUUCAACGAGAAGCCGUCCAAAGAGGAGGUGAUGGCGGCCACGCAGGCAGAAGGUCCGAAGAGGGUCUCGGACAGCGCCAUCAUCCACACCACUAUGGGAGACAUCCAUCUAAAGCUCUAUCCUGUGGAGUGCCCCAAAACCGUGGAGAACUUCUGCGUCCACAGCAGGAACGGCUACUACAACGGACACUUAUUUCAUCGUGUCAUCAAGGGUUUCAUGAUCCAGACCGGAGACCCCACAGGCACGGGGAUGGGAGGAGAGAGCAUCUGGGGCGGAGAGUUCGAGGACGAGUUCCACUUCAGUCUGAGACACGACCGGCCGUACACACUCAGCAUGGCCAACGCCGGACCAGGAACCAACGGCUCUCAGUUCUUCCUCACGGUGGUGCCCACGCCGUGGCUGGACAACAAGCACACGGUGUUCGGACGGACCACCAAAGGGAUGGAGGUGGUGCAGAGGAUCUCCAACGUCAAGGUCAACCCAAAGACAGACAAACCGUACGAGGACAUCAGCAUUAUCAACAUUACCAUCAAGUAGAACACACACACACACACACACACACACACACGGAGUGACUGUCCUGGUCCUGAUUUUG